ACGGAGCAUCCCGCGGCGAGGUCCGUCAGCGCUCGUCUCUCGGUGCUGUGCGCGUUCGCGUGUGUGCUCCACCAUGAGCGCGGAAUGCACGGGGUACUACAGCUCCGAGGACGUGUUCGUGGACGCGUUCACGUGUCCCAAGGCGGACAGCGCGGCCACGGCCGUUUUCUGCUGCGGAUUCAACGACAUCAAGUACUGCUGCGACGACCCCAACAGCUUCUUCCCCUAUGAGUACGGCUACAUGUGGUGGCUCAGUCUGGGGGCUCUUGUAGGCCUGUCCAUUGCUGCUGUCGUUCUCCUGGCCUUCAUCAUCACCGUGUGUGUCCUCUGCUACCUCUUCAUUGCCACCAAGCCCAGUCGGCUGGAUAACGGCCUCCCGCUACAAGCUACAGGUUCUGACCCCACUGCUUUGGAAGGACCCAGCCAAUGCAGCGUCCCCAGUGGGCCACAGGGUCUCCGCAAGCACUUCCCGAGCCGUAAACUGGACUGUGACAACCAGCCUGCUGAACCAGACCGCCUGUUCCAACGCUGCUUCAUGGCUACUGUCACCACGGUGAAGAGGGAGGGUCCCUAGCUCUGCUCCACA